GAGGGGCAGAGACACAAACUACUGCGGGAAAUCUCACCAUUGUGGGAGGGGCAGAGACACAAACUACUGCGGGAAAUCUCACUAUUGUGGGAGGGGCAGAGAAAGAAACUACUGCGGGAAAUCUCACCCUGGUGGGAGGGGCAGAGACACAAACUACUGCGGGAAAUCUCACCAUUGUGGGAGGGGCAGAGAAAGAAACUACUGCAGGAAAUCUCACCAUUGUGGGAGGGGAAGAGACACAAACUACUGUGGGAAAUCUCACCAUUGUGGGAGGGGCAGAAACACAAACUACUGCAGGAAAUCUCACCAUUGUGGGAGGUGCAGAAACACAAACUACUGCAGGAAAUCUCACCAUUGUGGGAGGGGCAGAGACACAAACUACUGCGGGAAAUCUUACCAUUGUGGGAGGGGCAGAGAAACAAAAUACUGCAGGAAAUCUCACCAUUGUGGGAGGGGCAGAGACACAAACUACUACAGGAAAUCUCACCAUUGUGGGAGGGGCAGAGGCACAAACUACUG